UGAGAUUGUUCCGUCAGUCAGCAGCAGUGUACUCCGGCAGGACGAUUUUGGCAGCGGAUGAAUUUGUUACGUUUAUAUCGGGAAAAAGUGUAGUGAGCUGCUGUCGUGCCUAAACUAUAAACAAAAGGGUUCCUCCGGAAUAAUGAAUUGGUGAUAUUGCUUGUUUUUCUGGUGAAUUAAAAGUUGUACAAAAAAUGAUCUUCGGGUAAUGAUAGAAUUGCGCAAAAAUAUCGAUUUGCAAAGUACGACCGUCUCGCUUGCUCGCGGGAGUCCCGCGUACAAAUACUAUUGUCGGAACGAAAAUGAAUGGCAGCAGCAGUGUGUUUGUUCGUCGCCGCCGUGCAUUGCCGAUGUGUGAUUGUUUUGUCUAGCCAGUUUUCGUGUACGUACAGGGCGCGAUUGAAAGCUCGGUUUGCUUGGGUGGUAGUGUGUUGCUGCUGCUGCUCUCGACGAAACGCAUGCACAGCAGGCAGACAGACGGGCGAUUGAUUGCGACGUGUAGUAGUAUUGCAGAUCCUUGCUGUGUGCGACGAUCGCGCUUAGCAUAAUAUAGCGAAAAUUCUCUUUCGAAAAGGUUCAUCCGUCGGCUCGGUCAGACAUGUUUUGCUAGACAAACGUGAAGGUUCUGUUUUGUGUCGCGCGCGCGAGUGAUACCUAGCAUUCACUGUGGGGGACUGUGUUGUGUGUACAAGAGGAAAGAUACAAAGUUACAACGAAGGGGUGGUGGAACCGGGUGUGUGUGUUGUUCCCUGUUAGUGAAUAUUCACCACGAUGAAGGGACGCGGUCGAGCAGCAGUGGGAGGAACAGUCGUCGUCGCCGGACUCGGAACCGACGGCAAGAAGUGAAUCUUGUUUGCUGCUUCUUAGUUCAGUUGUGAUGCAAAGCAAGCGAGAAAGAAAAAAAAACUCGCGAAUCAAAAAAUAGAUUCUGUGCAGUAAUUUUUUAAUUCGGAGGCAAUUUCGCUGCAAAAAAAAGAAAGAAAAAACAAAAAUGAUUACGACCGUGUGUGUGUCGCAUUGUGCGUUUUAGGUUGCGAAAUUGAUUGACAGUACCUGCAGUGACAACGGUUAAGGUCAGCAUUUGGGGAGUGACCUGCGUUAGGCGAAUGCGUUUUGAUCAGUUUGUGAACCGAAAUCGAAUUGGAAUCGUGGAUUGUCUAUAAGUGAACGCAUCGCAUAGCAUAGCAGUAAUUGAUGUCAGUGAGUGAGGAGACGCAAGACUGACAAAUAUAAAUAAAACGUUGCGUAAGCGCCGUUCUCUCUUUACCCAACCAUACGCCGUGUGUUGCCGAAUUUCGGACUAAAUUUGCAAUUUUUUUCGCCGUGAAGAGACGGCCCCUCCUGGCUCCCCAUUGAAUCGGUCUGGGCCAGGCACACACACACACACGCGAAGUAGACGGCAGAGCGGAAGCAGCAACGGAACGGACGCGCGCGCGGACCCAGAGUGUCGGCUGAGCUGCGUUUGAGCGAGUGAGCAGAAAAGUGGAGAAAGCAAAAAUUGAAGUAAUUUUAGUGCCAAUUAAAAUUAAAAGUUUGCGAGCCACAGGCGUAGUCCCGAAGCAGCAAGGCGAGGAACCGUGUAGAGUGUACCGCUCGCGAAAAAGGGGAAAGAUUCUUGGCACAUGGUUUCCGCUGCCGUUUGCUGCUGCUGGGUAGCCUGCACUUGCGACGACUCUGGGUCCUCUGUCUGGUCGGUGAUAAAUUUUUCGCAAAUGCAUCCUACAAACUAACCGACACCGACAACGACUAGUGAUUUGCAUCGAGUGCAGAGCGCAGUGGUGCAGAUCGACCAAAAAAAGCGACGGAUGACAAAAGCGGUACGUCACGUUCCGAACGAUCGAAUCUCCGUACAGCGUCACGCCACCACCAUCCUCGUCGCCGCCGGGGCAAGUUCGAUGUGCGUCAUGCGACGGAUCCUGUGCCCGCCCGCAUUCGGAAUGUCCUUUGCCGAGUCCUUUCCGAUUGAAGAUGGUGGUGCCAGACUGAGGAGCACCGCCUAGGGAUGCGCAACCCGUGAAGCACCAGGGUGUGGGGUUUUUUUUUCGAUCCGUGUUAAAGGAAGUGUGUGAAUUAGAACGGAACGGCUGAUUCCGAUCGGGGAUCCGAUUGAAAACCAAAAAAAAAAGAAGAAAAAGUAUCACGGUGAGCAUUGGUUAUGUGUCCGAACCUCUGCCAGUGCAAUGUGAUUGAGAAUACCGAAUUAUGGGUGAGAGAGGAAGAAGAAUCCUCCAGUGACAAGUGUUUUACGCAUCCGGAAGAAGAAAAAAAAAUGACGGGGUUCUGACGGACCCGAAAAUAGCCGCCGUGUUUUGUUCUAUAGGAAUGUUUGCGCAAAUGAAACGCCAUCAUCGUGGUUCGUGGUUUCUCUGUUUGCCAUAGAAUCAGUGGAAGAAAGUGCUGUAGAAAUUAUGGAAAUGUGUGAUUAGUGGAAGCAAAGAAUAAUACCAUCAAUAGGAAAGCGGUUCAGUGUGUGCUUGUGCUAGAAGAAGAUUAAGUAUCGAUUCAAUAAAAGAAGAAGAUUGUUAUUUUAAUCAAUCAAACCCGCUGCAGUUUCGCACCGGGAGUUAUUGAAUUUCAAGGAAAGAAAAAAAAACGCAGCCAAGAUGACCGAGUACGUGCCGCCCCAGCUGAUUACCGUUCUGAAAACCUACCAAGACAAUGCCCCCAAGGGUUUGCACGGCCCCGGUCUGUCGCUGGUGCAUCCCAGUAAGAGUGGAACCGUCGGUAGCAGACCGAUGGAACGACCGGAAACACCGGAACAUCCGGAUGAACCCGGCGGUUGUUUGAUUGUGCAGCCCAUCACCGGUCCACUGCCGAUGCCGCCACAUCCAAUCAUGACCACCCCGGAUCCGGACUGUGGUGUCGUACAGCUCACAAUGCUCGAAGGCAAAAAGAUCGGCUGUUUUCUGCUGGGCGGCGAAAUGCGUCUCUGUUUGCCCCAGAUAUUCAACAACAUACUGAUGGACUUCUCCGUCGAACAGAUCAAUCGGAGCAUCCAGGAGCUGAUGAUCUACCUGUACAACUGCACCGAUCAGCAACUGAAGGAGUUCAAACGAGUGAACAUCAUUCCGGAAACGGUGCCAUCCUGCGGUCUGAUAACACGCACCAACGCCGAGCGGCUGUGCAGCUACAUGCUGCACCAGGCGGACGUGGCUCGGAGCUGCAAGGGUGCCACCUCCUUCCGGGUGUACCAUCGGUGUUUCGGCAAGUGCGAGGGCAUCUUCACGGCCGAACUGUACUCGUUCGAAGAGCCGGCCUGCAUCGAGUGUUGCGAGUGCAAGGGGAUGUUCUCACCGCAGAAGUUCGUCUGCCAUCAGCACGAUCGGCACGAGAACCGUACCUGUCACUGGGGCUUCAAUUCGAGCAACUGGCGCGCCUACAUCCACGUGGCGCUGAACGAGGAUAACCGGGACGCCUACAUGAAACUGCUCGAGGAUAUUUGGAACCGGGAACGGGAGACGGAGAUGGGACUGGAGUUGGAGAGGGAGUUUUGGGCUGCUAAAAGAAAGGCCAUCGACGAUGCCACCGCCCUGGUGACGAUUAAGACGGAACCGAUGAGUGACAUUCCACUGAAGAAACAAAAGCUAAUCAACGAAGCCACCCUGUACCAGUGUAGUCGGCAGCCUAGUUCAGCAUUUCGUCCAUGGGCGCAGAAAGCACAAAAGUACGCACAACAGCAGCUUCUGCUGCAGCAUAUUACGUACAAUGGGAAUGGCCUCAUCAACGGAGUGGUAGCCGGAGCCGUCUCUCCCGGGGGACUGCUUGGUCUCAGUCAAGAACCACCGCUUCUUCAGAACCCGGAAAGCGUCGUACGACUGUCGGAGAGCGAUAAGUUCGAGAGAAGUUUCCAGCCAAAUGUGGCGCUUGCCCCACGAAAGACAAUUCUGUGUAAAGAGCGAGAAAGGGAACGGGAACGGGAACGCGAACGGGAGCGAGACAGGUUACCAGAGAAGGAACGGUCGGUGAUUCAGUGCGAUGUACAAAUUAAGCAGGAGUGUCCACCGACGCCGCCGGCUGAGGUGAUACGAUCGGUGAUAAAGUGCGACGUCAAAAUCAAACAGGAACGACCACCGACACCAUUGCCACCGGAGCUGUCGCCUGGUCCAAGAGUACCUUCUCCGCAGUCACCUCCACUCCCUCCAGCAGGCCCUGCACUUCUCGGUGGCUCGAUAAAAGUCGUCCCGAUGCCAUAUAGUCCGACUGCAGAUGUGUUGCAUUCCGGAUCAAACGAAAUAACCUCAUCCACUUCACCUGUACCUCCUCCGGUCAACAUGACCACCAUGAACGGUUGCAUCUCAGAAAAACCAAAGCUGAUGGUCAAAGAACAGAUCAGUCCACCGUCGCCUCGUCGAACACCGGGACUGAUGAACGAGGAAAUGCAUCAUCAUCGAUCUCAUCAAUCGUCGGCCGUAAUUCUAACGAACGGUGGUGGUCCGGUCGCAAUACCCGGGCCGCCUAUUGUGGGUAAUCCGGAAUUUGAGCUGUCUACGGACACGGACGACGACAGUUUAGCAGGUGAACCGGAUAGUAGUAACAACUCGAUGGCUCCUCUGGAAAUAAUAGGAGAAGUUAUGAAAGACGUGGCACACGAAACCCGAGAGCAAAUACUGAACAUUUUCAAACUACUGAUACAAGAAACCGCACAAAUCAGAAACGAACAGCUACGGCUGAUAGCAGAGCACAAGCAGAAAGAUGACUUACUGACAGAACUCCAGCGCGACAGGGACAGUUUGCAACAGCAAAUACAGCAUCUUCAGCAGCAGUUGAACCGGUCGCUUAUAAAAAUUGCCACUUCGGAGGCUAACGCCAUCCAGAUGCAAAAGCAGCACCAGCAAGAACUAGCCAACGUCAGUGCUACUGCUAACAGCAGCUCUUCCCACUCAUCCACUUCACUAUCACCUCUCUCGUUAGCUACCAACGGCAGCAACAGCCAAAUCGUGAUCGAAAAGAUCGAACGGCGGAACAGUUUUCCGCAGAAGUCGGACGUGAUCAUGAAGCCGCUGAAAAAAUGUCUUCGUCGCAGUCCGGAGGAUUCGGUACUUAUGCUGCAGUCUCAACCACCGCCUCCUCCUCCUCCUCCACUUCCACCGCCACUGUCGAUUCCCGUUAGUCUGUCAAUUACCCCCACCAGUUUGCGGAAACCAGAACCGACCGGUGAAGAUGACGACAAACUCUCAGCGCACAACCAGCCGCAUCCAGUGGGGACCUCCAUUCCGAUCAACAAUGGUGGAGUAAUAGCAUCACCGUUGCCUCGACCGCCAUCCAGGCCACCAUCAACAGCUUCGACGGCAUCGAACGGGUCUACAAAUUCGCCAUCGACGGCUGGACUGGAGAACGGCACCGGCGCAACGUCGGUUAGCUCGGCCAGCAAGGAAACCAUCAAAAGUGCUAAUAACUGAUAGUUGAUCAUUUACCUUUGCUAGAAAAGGGAUAUGUUACGUCGAGAUUGAGAGCUUCGCCUUGGCUAGGAUAGGACAUGCUCUCUUCAUUUAGUGAUUCACUUCCCGGAUGGUGUCCCAGACAACAGAACGUACCAAAGCCAUCCUUAAACCAGUUGGAUCCGUACUCAUUUAAUUUUUAUUAUUUUUUUUAUAGGUGUCAUCUUAAUGGCACAACGUGCAUUGAAAAGUAGAACUUUUAAGCUUCAUUGUCGAUAUUUUCCCCACCAAAUAAUUUGGCUUCAUUUAUUUAUAGUCGCCGUUACAAGACGUAUGCUAACUAGGAUUAGAACACUAUCGUAUAAGUCAACAAGCAAACAAAAACAGCAACUGAUACAAAAUUUCACGGGCAAAACGCAUGAUAGUAGUUAAAACGAGUCGUAUUCACUACGUCAGUAAUCGUAAUUGUUCGUUAAGAGAAAAGAAAUCACAAACAAAACAAAAAAACGUGUAAGAGAGAGUCGAAUCUUGUGAUUUUGAAACGAAUCUAACUGACGAAGUAAAAACAUAAUAAAAAAGGCGAAAAGAGUACUAAUGAAUUAUUCUUAACCACUAAGUGGUUUUCAAAGUCUUACGUAGUGACUUGUAAAAAUGUGUAAUAAAUUUCAUGUGUGGAUUCACAUUGAGAAGGUCAAUCAGAGUGGAUUCGUAUUAGGGCUAGUGCUGCUAAUCUGACGAAAUCAUUGUGGUAGAAUCUAGAUUCAAGCUAACAGCACAUUUGUAAUGCAUCAUGCGAGAAAACGAAAUUCUGCACAUUGGUUUAUGGUUUUGAAUCGAACUUAACAUUUCCAAAGUGUUCCGUUUAAAAAUAAUUCGUAUCAUCUUAAGCCAGCUAUUUCUCAAUGGUUGUCUUUAUUUGCAAUGUAUUCCCAAAAAUUCCUCGUUUUUUCUGGUGCAUUAGGCUCAAAGUAGCACAUCCAGUUCAUUACAAAUUGUUGUUCAGUUUGAAUCUUCUCAAUUAUUCUACACAAAUAGCUUUGUAAAAAAUAUUGUAAAAGAACUCACUUUCUCAAGAAGUUUUAUAUUCGUUCAAACUAAAGUUUUCGUUCUAGUGGUCAGUUAAAAAACACUUACUCAUACACUGGUAACUAUAAAUCUACAGUCUGUAUAAGAGCUAAGUACACUACCCUUAUCUAGUAUAAGUUAUUCAAGCACCUACAGUCUGCACUUUUCUGUUGUUUUUUUUUAACAGAAAACUGUAAAAAUGAACUUCGUUUCCUUAAUCAUUUGCCACAAGAAUGGCAUUCAAAAUGCCUCUAAGUUAGACACACAAAAAAAACGAAACAAAACAAAUCGAAAAUCAUUAAACCGCAAUCGCUUUUUGAAUAAACAAAAAGUGCUCUACUGAAGAGUUUGGUUUUAAAAAUCAAACCACCAACUCCUUGUUUAGAGAGAAAAAAAACAUAGCACUGCUAUUAUGUAUGAACACAUGAAAUUAGCUUUUGUCGACAAGCUUUUGAAAGCAUCGCCAUCACCUCAUCCUCAUCCGUUCGGUGCAAAGUCCGAGCGAGUAACCAUUUCGCCAAAUGAAAUCUUUUGUUUCGGCCACAACAUAUGGUAUGAAGAAAUUUUUAUUUAUUUAUUUAUCCUUUCGGUUUAGAAGAAAAUCUAUAUUUUUCGGUAUUAAUUUAAUAUGAUUAUGGACAACAAAAGCACAUCUAAAUAACGCCUACUUUGUGAUCAUCACCUUGUUUUCAAAUUAUAAAUUCAUAGAUAAUGAAACACAAUUCUACCUUGCUAGUCUAGCUGCCUAGUUUCCUGUUCGUAGUUGAAAACCUUAAACAUUGUUUCUCUGUUUCUCCAGCUAAAAUAAAAAAAUCACAAACUAUUUCUCCCAGAAUUAGAGAUCCAAAUUAUGAAACUAAUAAAUUUAUAUCAAUUCGGGCCCCAGCUUCGAUUCAGAUUGUUAAACGCAACGUUAAUCCUGCAAACGCUUUCGAACUACUAAUGCGGUUGGUUGUUUAAGACUCUUCUUUUAAAAAAUUGAUAUUUAUCGAUUUGAAAUCUAUAAACUGCCUAAACAAGAGAAAUAAGACAAACAUACACAGAAGCAAAUGCGUUCUCCUUAACAUUGUCUUCGAUGUAGAGAUAAUUAUAGGUAAACCUAGAAAAAGCAUCCAGGAAUGCAACUCUGUAAUUUCCUACCGUAACUCGUUAUUGUAACUUACAAAGUGCAAAACAUCACUUUAAGAAAGGAUCGAACGGAGAACCAAACGUUGUACCGUCUAAGAAAUGUAAUGAUUAUUCUCUUGGCAGCUCGCAGGUUUAGCGUAAAUAUUUAGGCCAAAUUCUCACCUGAAGGAGAGAGAAAAAAUGUUACUAAUAUGUUGGAGCAUUUUUUGUGUUGAGUUGGACAAACGUAUUAAACUGCUAGUAUUUACUGGGGUGUAAUUCACGAUCGAUCGGUGGGAGGUACUAUCCUUUAUUGAGAAGACAUUAAUAAAAACGGAACGAGAUCAAUGUCGAAUGGUUUGUGGGGAAAUUCGCCCAGCAACACUAAAGAAACCAUAAAAAAAAAACUAGUUGUAAUCGUAAAAGCAAUCGAUUUUUGGUUUAGCAUAACAUGCCAUUAGAUAAGCAACAAAUUGGUUGACAAUAAGGAGGACAAACUUAUAUAACUUUAUCGAAAAGCAUUUCUCUCGAGAAGUCAGAUAAAUUGACGUUAUAUUGAUUAAUUUGAAAAUCACUACAGACUAAAUGGAUACUCUGAUGGAUCGUGUUUUUGUUUUUACCAAUAACAGCAAAAUCAAACGGUAAUCCAAAAGAACAAUUCUAUUUAGUACAGAAUUAUAGAUUUGUGAACUACUAGCAAUGAGCCGAAUGAAAUAGAUAUCUGUUGGGGACGGGUAUAGCGUGAUGGGAUAGUCGAUGCCUUUCACGCAGCCCGCCUGGGUUCGAUUCCCAACCCCGCACAUAGGGUCAGAAAGAUUUUCUGGUCCGAAGAGGUGAAUGACCUAAGAUGUAAAAGCCUCUAUAAUUGAAACAAAAAAAAAAGAUAUCUGUUCUGUAACCCGUCCCAAAUCAAUUUCUUUAUUUUUGAGUAUACAUCUUAUUAUUGAACACAUAUAGAUAAGAUAAGAUCUGAACGGCUCAUUAAGAGUAGCAUCCAAAAUAUAGGUUAUGCCAUCACAAUUUCAAUUUUGUUAUACGUCGGAAAUAAGGAGCUCUUUGUUAUCACCUGCUCAAUUGUUCACCGUUAUUUUCGUUCCGGAACGAUAAUAAUUGUUCUUGCCUAUUACAGAAAUUUUUCAACUACCGCGUUCGGAACUCUUCUCACAUGAUUUAUAGAAGUGUGAAACACGCAAUUUUCUUAUGUCGUUUAAAUUACAUGUAAAU